CGAAGGCGAGGCGGCCAGCGGCGAGAUGCGCGAGGCGCCGCCGGCUCCGGCGCGCGCAGGGGCGGCGGCAGAGGACGCAGCGCCCGGCGAGGCAGAGGCCGAGGCAGAGGCAGAGGCGGCAGAGCAGACGGCAGCGAGCAGCAGCAGCAACAAGGGCGCCGCAGAGCUGCGCACGCCCGCAUUUGCGCUGGCGCGCGUGGGCAAGAUCAUCAAGGCAGACGCAGACAUCGACACUCUGCCCAAAGAGUCUCUGCGCGCCAUUGCGCUCGCAUCUGAGAUGAUCAUCGCCACCAUGGCGUCGCACAGCGCCGUGCACGCGCAGCUCGACAAGCGCAAGUACGUGCAGUACAGCGACAUUUCCUACGCCGUGCGCAAAAACGACCUGUUCUUUCUCCACAGCAUCAUCCCCGCCGCGCUGCCGCUGCCCGUGGCGAUGCGGCGGCGGGAAAAGUACAUCCAGAAGCUGCGCGACGCGCAGUCGGGCGACGGCGAUGCGGCGGCGCUGCUCGAGCAGAUCAAGCAGAUUCCCAUCUGGCACGGCGGCGAGGUCGAGGGCGAGGGCGAGAUGGAGCCGUGGGAGUGAGAGGCAGGAAGAGGGAGAGGGGCAACGCAUGUUGUGUCACGUCCGUUC